UGAACUGUAUAAACUUUAUCAUCUUCAUUGACUUAGGAGAAGCAAGAGAGAAAUAGGAAAGAAUCAUGGACAUCUAUUUCAUUGGUCUAACAUCGCCCAUCCCCAAUUGUAUGUCAACGUCCGCGCGCAUGCACCCACCGGUCGCUGGACGUGACAGGUGUUCGUCUGCUUCUCAUUGUCGAUUACAUGUCUAAUCGAGGAAACAUCGUGACGACGACUUAUACGAGAAUGAUAAACCGCAUGAUCGCAGCCGAGAAUGAUCGUCGCAAUUUCUCUCCUCGAGAAAUAGAGCUCGUGUGAUUUUUCUCAAACAUCCUCACCGUGCAAAGUAAAAACUAUGAACGCCCGGGAGGUGAAGGUGGACAUUUUUAAGCAGCAGGGCAACGCCUGCGUGAAAGAACAGAAAUAUGAGGAGGCGUUGUUUUAUUACACACAUGCAAUCCAGCUGGAUCCGCAGAAUUAUUCUCUCUACAGCAAUAGAUCCUUUGCCUUCCUGAUGAUGCGACAAUAUCACUUUGCCAUGCAGGAUGCCUUGAUAACUAUUCAAUUGAAACCUGACUGGUCUAAGGGUUAUUUCAGGAAAGGUGAAGUUGAACUGAGGACAUUCCGUUUCAGCGAUGCACUUCAGUCUUACAACAAAGCCCUCUCCCUGCAGCCAAGCGAGUCUAGGAUUCUGGAGGCUAUGAAUACAGCAUCCAAAUUAUUGAUUAAAGACAGAAGAGCUGAUCAGCAGAUCCCGUGGCUUGGAGCUGGUGUCGGUAUUAUUUUGGGAGUUAUAGUUGUGAUUGCCGAUUAUGUAUUCACAAACAAGCCCAUUUUAACGCAUCCUCUGCUGAUGGCGUUGCUGACAAUGUUCAUAUCCAUACUUGGCUUUGGCAUCGCAAAAGGAUUUCGCUACUUCGUGAAAUGUCAAAGAAAAUCCUUACUGGAGCCGCCCGUCUAUUGCUUCCCCAAGCAGAAGCAAAACUUUAAUAAUAUUGAUAUGGAAAAGAGCAACGAGAAGGAGAAGUAUCCCAAGGGCACAGGGCUGAGGGCUGAGGGCUCGACGGGGCCUCGUAUAGCGUUCACGGGCCGGCUGCAGCGCAGCCAGCGAGCGAUGGAGCAGCCGAAGACUCCCGCGUCACGGCUACUCAACACGAGCUGCAUCGAGAACAAGGACGACCUGGAGGAGAAGUUUGAGAGAUGCUACUCUGUACUGCAAAAUUUGACCACGGGACUGUCGGAGAAGGAGGCCCACGACACGCUGAACAAUGCAGUAUGCAAGGACAAGACACACGAGGAGGUUUCCUUGGGCUUAUUGGUGGUGAUCUUGACCGAUCCGCAGAAUGCUGCGAAGAGUUACAGGGACUUGACACUAAUCACCCGAGAUGGCCUCAGCAUUGUGCUGAUCCACCUCAAUCAAUUAGUACUGGAGAGAUACUUGAGGUUGAACGACGUCACGAGGAGUCAGCUGUUGUGGUUGCUGCGGGAAAUGAUAAGGACUAGUGUAACCAAUGUGGAUACCCUUUGUUUGAGUUUAUUGAGGCAUGCAGCGGGUGGAGAUAUCUCACCUAGGAACUUGUUCCUAGUUGACGCCCUUUUAGAUAUUUUUCAAGAGAAUCGGUCGUGGCUGGACAAAUUCCCGUUUGUGGUCGCGUCGGUUGUGUACACGUAUUUGCGGUUAAUAGAAGAUCACAACGCGCCCCACCUGGCCGGUUUGCGGCAAAAGGAAGUGACCUUUACGGUGACUCUGAUAAGGGAACGAAUGGUGGACUGCUUAGCCAUCGGAAGAGACUUUGUGCGUUUGCUGCAAAAUGUGGCCAGACUACCGGAAUUCGAGGCGUUGUGGAAGGACGUUCUACAAAAUCCAAAGUGUCUCUGUCCGAAUUUCAACGGGAUACUACAGCUUCUACAGACGAGAACUUCUAGGAGAUUUCUGCAGUCGCGGCUGACGCCGGACAUGGAGAGGAAACUUGUGUUCCUCACGAGUCAAGUCCGCUUUGGCAAUCACAAGCGUUAUCAGGACUGGUUUCAACGGCAGUAUCUAGCUACGCCCGAAUCUCAAUCGUUACGAUGUGAUCUCAUUCGUUUCAUCGUCGGGGUCAUACAUCCGACGAACGAGCUGCUAUGCUCCGAUAUCAUACCACGAUGGGCGGUGAUAGGCUGGCUGUUCACUACGUGCACCUCCACCGUGGCGGCCAGCAACGCGAAACUGGCUCUGUUCUACGACUGGUUGUUCUUCGAGCCCGACAAGGACAACAUCAUGAACAUCGAGCCAGCGAUCCUUGUCAUGCACAACUCGAUGAGGUCUCAUCCACCUGUCACUGCCACACUUCUAGAUUUUUUAUGCAGGAUAAUAUCGAACUUUUAUCCUCCGCUAACGGACAAAGUGAGAAACGGGAUAUUUUCAUCACUACGACAAAUUUUAGAAAAACGCGUCUUACCUAGCCUGUAUCCGCUAUUCGAUAGCCCGAAACUCGAUCGAGAACUGAGAAGCAAAAUACGGGAGACGUUCAAAGAGUUUUGUCUGCCACCAAACGCGGAUCCUGGUAAAAUGGAAGAGCUUAACAAGGAGCACAAUCCAGGGGCUGUAAUAGAGAACACCGCGAAUUCUACCGUGGAGAAUAAUCAUGUAACACAAGAUCCGGAGCCAGCAUUCAGUGACGAGGAGGAGGACUCUCCUCUAAGAAUAGUGACAAAGGUAGAGGACGAGGAAGACGAGGAAGACAUGCCGUUAUCCGCGAUAAAACUGAAAAACGAGCAGAAAAACGCAAACUGCAUCGCGAAGAAAGAGGAUAUUACGUCGCAAUUAAAUCUCAUAUUAGAACCGGAAGAAUUGAAAACCAGUAUCGAGACUAUGCACACGGAGACGGAUAACGAGGCGAAAUGCCAAGCGAUGGAGAGGAUAGUACAAAUGGUCGUGGAGGACGAGAUAGACGUCGAGACAAUACCCACGUUGGCGUCUUGCCUGUCGAGCAUUCUCUCGCCGCAGAUUACGCCGCGGAUCUUCCCGUCGGACAAUAUGAACGAGGAAACGCUGACCGACAGUAUAAGUACGCCGCUGUUCGUCAUGUUCCGAAACCAAUUUCAAUUGUGCAAAGAAGAGGACAACCGGCGAAAGCUCUUGGCCAGAGUGUUGGCGGAGAUGCAGUCGCUCCAACCGAGAAUAGGUUACCUUCUCCUCUAUUUCCUCAAGGUCUGGGGCAGGGAGGAAGAGAAGCGGGAAGGCGAGCCGAGCAACAUGUUGAACGACGUCAAGGCGUCAGUGUACAAGGAUUUUUGCGCGCAGAGAGAGAAAAAGCUGGACGUGUGUUUGGUGUCGGAUCUGAAGCUCUGUCACGAAGAUAACAUAUGUAUGUUGUGCUACCUGGUGCCGGACGUAUACAUGGGAUUUCAAAACGUCGCUCUCGGCAAUGCGCAGCUGCUGCAUCUGGUCGUGUCUACCGUGGAUCCGCGCCAGCUACAGGAUCUGAUCUGCCAGAUAAUGCAGGGUCACCUGAAAAUGCUGAAGAAGGAGUCGUUCACGUCGCUGCUAACGGCUAGUUUAAACUGGGACAGCUUCGAGCAAUUUUGCUUCUGGCAGCUCAUAUUCGCGCACGAUUUUCCUGUUGAUUACGUACUGCCGAUACUGUCGAAGCUACAGUUUCACAAUCACGCAGAGGCACUUACAUCAAUCUUGUUCAUGCUGAAGCAAGAGAAACCGACAUUGGAUCUCCUACGACAGUUGCUCGCUCGACAAAGCAUGGACGGCGACAUGUUCGUCGUAGCCGUGCUGCGUUACUGGUGUCGCGAUUACGAGGAGAAGCUCGGUGAGCUGCUCGCGAAUCUUCUCAGCACCCGCUAUCCCGCCACUAGUCCCAACAAACGGAAACGUUCCGGUGGCAAACAAAACCAGCAAUCUGGCCCACCCACCGGCGAGCAAGUGCUUGGCCAUCUGGACCAAUUGCGUCAGCAUUGCUCUUCAUCCGCGCAGUUGCAGCUGUAUCAUUCAGAGGGUAUGCAACGUGCGCUACAACAGGCGCAAGCGGCAAGCAGCGACUCGCUGAGGAAGAGCUACGGUGAUUUGUUUGCGUUGGCGGAAGUCAACGAGGAAAAUGAACCGCCACCACCACCGGCCAGUAGUUCCGCGAGAAAGCACACUACGGCUUCCUCUGGAGGCGGCGGAGGCGGCGGUAAGGGAGGUCAUAGGAAAACCGGCGCUAACACGAGGGAAAGGUCCAACGCGAAAAGACCACUUCCGCGCUACCACGUUGACACUACCUCUAGCAGCGAGGAGGAGGAGAUCGUGAACCCAAAGCAAGCAAAGAAAAGAAAAAAGAUUAAUCCAGUGGGCUCGGACAGCGACUGACCACCCAGUGUCUUCACAUGUCACAUGGACCACGUCACGUGUGUGCAGCAAGUUAACAUACUAGCCUUAAGGAUAGUAAGAUAAUAUAAUACACAAGAUAGUUCUAUCUAGCGCGACUUGUAAAUAUUAAUGUACGUGUCAAGGGCGCAAUAGCGCCACGUUGAUGGAGGAUCUUCAAUGUGUGUUUCGUAAAGUCGGAAGCUACAGCAAAAUUGCCAGACUCUGAUUGUUGUUAAAUCGUUUUAUUAGGGAAAAAAGAUGUGAUCGCUGUGAAUAAUGUUAAGAAUUGUCCUCGAGCGCGUUUCUAUCAUGAUUGCUGAUCGUUCCGGUGAAUUCUCUCGUUAUGACAUACGACGGUCGAGCGGCCUUUCAUCUCUUGGAGUCCUGGAAAUAUUCGCGAUUGUCAGGCUGCCGCGGCGUCUGUUGAACGGAGCUCCUUACUGAAAAGCGACGUCAAUCGCGCGUCCCUAAAUCACUAGACGAUUGCUUUUUUCUGCAAAAUAUGAAAGCGGAAGACAGAAUCUGGCAACAUUGCAAAACAAUACAACAAAACACAAUACAUCCUUUUGCACUUUACUACUUGUUUUUUUUUUCUCGACGGCUUCUCGAUGGAUUCUCGUUCGUUCCGUUCUUCGCAAUAUUUUUCCCCUCAGAGUAAUCGCAUGCGAGCGGACAUAUCCCGUUGCCAUAACUCUCAAACGGAAAUUCGUAUUUGAAUUAUUAGUUUCUUUACUUUUUCAAAAUUAGGAGCCUUUCGCCGGAACGACGAGACACGACUCUCGCAAGCCGUGAUCCGAAUUCCGGCGAGAAGCGUACAGUUUUACGACCUGAAUGUAUUCAGUAAAAAGCACAAUUAUUCUCGAGGACGCAGGGAUAUCUUUUUUUAUAAAUGUUCUGCAUGACUGAAGGUUGUUGGCUUUAAUGUAACCGAUGCAAUUCAGAUCGGACAGUUUUCCCCCUCGAAUAAAUUACCUUCUUUUGUUAUGAAUUUUACUAGAGCGAUUUAACGAUUCGUUGUGAUUGUGAAACGCGACGUAAUACGAUUUGUAUUGUAUUUUUCUAUGUGAGCUUUUUACAUCUCUUAUAUUUGUAGAUAUAUAGGUAGAUAGAUAAAUAUGAAGAGAAAGAGUGAAUUCAUUCGCAGAAAUCAUGAUGUACCGAUCGGCGUGUAACAUCGGAUUCAUCAUUGUACAAGUACGCGAUCUUAAUGAUAUCCAAUUGGUUUUCCCGCGCGUCAUGCCACACGUGUUUUUCUCUGAGAGAUCUCGGAGGACAGUCGAACGCACCUUCCGCGAGAGAAAAAGCGAGAAAACAGAAAGAGAACGGAAAGAAGUACGGUCUUGCCGAGCGUUUUAGCAAAACCCACGCCCGCCCCGAAGGCAAGACGUCACCUAUCACCACUUCAAACCAUCAAAUGUACAUUUCUUGUAAAAUUGGUUAUUCUAAAAGUAAGUUGCAUUAUGUAUUUUCUAGAUUGUAUAUAUAUAUACACACACACACGUGAUUCUCGAAAAUGGUGUAAAAGUAUGUGUAGUGCGUGUGUAUGCGUGUGUUGUAUGUAUGUGUGUGCUUGCGCGCGCGUAUUAGUAUGUGUGAGGAGGUGAGAAAGAAAGAAAGAAAGAAAGAAACAUAUUUACGUUACAUGCGCGGUGUGCGCGGCCGGGUUUGAGAAUUCCGAACACUUUCCGUUUUCACGAACUUUAUAUAACUCAGCACCCUCCAGACCCCGCGCCCUUCUUCUCUCACUUCCCUCGAUCUUAUCUUAGAACUAUGAGAGUGCGAAAUCGUGUCGAUGUUCGAAUAAAAAUAUGAGAGAAGUGCACUAGAGAGAACAUGCCGAACGUUCGUAUGUACGGAUAGUUUGUAUGAAGGACGGAUGCAUGUAAUAUCCAUUUGUAAUGCUGCGUGAUAACGGCAUUACUGGAGUUUUCUACUUGUACAUAAAUAACGGCGAUAUACGUUGGAGAAAGAGGGCGAGAGAAAGAGAGAGAGAGAGAGAGGGGGGGGGGGGGA